AUGGCGGCCGAACCUCCGUCUCUCGAAGAACUUCUGGAAAAGAAGAAAAAAGAAGAGGAAGAGUUGGAGAAACCGAAAUUUUUGAGCAAAGCUGAAAGAGCCGCGCUGGCUUUGAAACGACGAGAAGAAGAAGUGGCAAAGAUGCGAGACGCGCAAAAGCAAGCGGAAGAGGCGCGGAAAGCAUUCAUGUCCGGUGGAGGAGCUGUGAAGCAGGGUGAGUUCAGAUAAGUUUGAAAUUGGUAAAUUGUUUUUUACAGAAGAGAGUCGGCGUGAAAAUGGUAGAGAGCGAGACCGCGAUCGAGACAGGGAUCGUGAUAGAGACCGAGAAAGGGAUAGAGAUAGACGCCGGGAGCGAAGUAGGAGCCGAGAUCGAAGGGAUAGAAGUCGCUCUAGAGAACGCCGCAGAAGUAGGAGUCGCGAAAGAAGACGGGAUAGAAGUCGAGACCGAAGUCGUGAUCGACGAGGUAGAGAUGAUAGAAAAGAUGGUGGAGAAUCAGAAGAUGAUAUAAUUGAUGUGAAUAAAAUGCAAGAAGCUGUGAAAUCGCGAUAUUUAGGAAAACAGAGAGUUAGUUCUUUUUUGUCCCUGCAAAUAACAUUUCUGAAUUUUAGGAGAAGAGAAAACGUGGUAGAAGACUUCAUGAAAGGAAAUUUGUGUUUGAUUGGGAUGCCGGAGAGGAUACUUCACAAGAUUACAACAAAUUAUAUCAGAAUAAACAUGAAAUCCAAUUUUUCGGGCGGGGUUCAGUGGCUGGAAUGGAUGUGAAUGCGCAGAAAAAAGAGAAAAGCUCGUUUUAUUAUGAAAUGAUGGAGAAAAGAAGGACAGAAGAUGAGAAAGAACAGGAGAAGUCUAGGUAUUUUUUAAUUUUAAAUAUACAAUAUCAGCCAAAGUUAAAAAUUUCAGAAUCGAAAAAGAGAAGAAAAAAGAGAGAAAAGUUGCACACGACGAUCGACAUUGGCGAAUGAAAGAAUUGGAAGAAAUGAGCGAAAGAGAUUGGCGAAUUUUCCGCGAAGACUUCAAUAUCACAAUAAAAGGUGGCCGAGUGCCAAAACCGUUGAGAAAUUGGGAAGAAGCUGAAUUUCCAUCCGAAGUUUAUCGAGCUGUUCAAGAAAUUGGAUAUACUGAACCAACGCCGAUUCAAAGACAAGCAAUUCCAAUUGGACUACAAAAUCGAGAUGUUAUUGGUGUUGCUGAAACUGGAUCCGGUAAAACUGCCGCAUUUUUGUUGCCACUUUUGGUGAGUUUUUUUUUUUGAGAAAAAACAACAUAGCAUUGGAAAAAUACUUUAUUUGUUGUAUUUUACAUAAAAACCAUAUGCCUGACAAAUAAUAAAAAUAAAAUAAAGAUAUUUGACCAUCCAAUAACAAUCACUACCAGAAUUUGUAAAUCCCCAAUAAAUACCAAGAACACACCAUAUAAACUCUGAUAUAUUCAUUAUCACAAUUAGUAUUAACAAAUUUCGGCAUUUUGAAUUUAUGAAUUUUUUUCGAUAUUCUGCUUCAAUUGGAGUUUCGAAAUUUGCACGAGGAUAUUUCAUAUUCAACUUUUUUUGUUUUUCUUCCAAUAAAAAGAAUAAAACAAAAUCGCUGAUUGUAAUGAAUAACAUACCAAUCAAAUAAAUUGGUAAAUAUGGUUGACUCGGACAUUUAUCGUAUCCAUAAAUUCCAACAAAAAAUGAAACUAUUGGAAGAACUAUGGCGAAUAGUCCAAUUAUUAUAGCGCGCACUAAAAAAUAUACAUUAUUACAUUUUAAAGCAAAAAGUAAAUCAUACAUGUUUUUUGAAGAGGGGUUGCAUUUUGAUUCUCCAUGUUGACAGAAUGAAUAAUUUUAUCGAUGACUUCUUGUUACAUUCAAUGAUUAAAAAAACUAAUCAUAUAAGAAAUGGAGACACAUGUAAACUUUUAUUACAUGAAUUUUUAUCAUAAACAGAAAAAUGUUCUGGGAGUGAUUCAGAACUCAUCGAGGAUAUUUUGAACUAAUUUAAAUUUACUAGAUGAAUAUAAAUUCAAAUAAAAUGGAUGACCAAUAAUUGAAAAUAUAUAAAGACAAUGAACAAUAAAAUAGCAAUCAUCACCAAAAAUUGUGAAUCCACAAUAAAUUCCAAUAAAAAACCGGACAAUAUCGAUUAUUUUGAUUAUUACAAGUUGACCAUAUAAUCUUUUAAUUGCGUAAGGAGCAUAGAAAUUGUGGAAAAAUUGAUUAUAAAACAUGGAAACCACAUAAAUUCAUGACAUUUUCGAUUUUCGAAACAAAAGGUUUCAAUUUUGCCGGAAGGACUUCAGAUUUUCCCAAAAUUUAGAUUUUCUCUACGAAAUUUUCAAAAAAAAUGCUGAUUUUUCCAAGUCAAAAUCAUUGAUCUUCAAAAAUCCCUCAUUUUUUUCCAGGUUUGGAUCACAAGUCUACCAAAAAUGGAGCGACAAGAACAUCGAGAUAUGGGACCAUAUGCAAUUAUUAUGGCCCCAACUCGAGAAUUGGCUCAACAAAUCGAAGAGGAAACCAACAAGUUUGGAAAAUUAUUAGGAAUCAAAACAGUUUCUGUAAUUGGAGGUGCAAGUCGAGAAGAACAAGGAAUGAAAUUGAGAAUGGGAGUAGAAGUUGUGAUUGCGACACCCGGAAGAUUGUUGGAUGUUUUGGAAAAUCGAUAUUUGAUGUUGAGUCAAUGCACUUAUGUUAUUCUUGAUGAAGCUGAUCGAAUGCUUGAUAUGGGUUUCGAACCAGAUGUGCAAAAGGUAGGCGUGAAAAAAAUAUUGGAGUCGGCCGAAAGAUCGAUAGAACUUUGAAUAUUUUAGAAGAUUUAGGAAAAAACAAAAAAUUAAUUCGAAAAAUUAUUUCCAGAAUUUCUAGCUGUAAAAAUUGAAUUCAAUGAAUCCGCUUACAAUUAGAAACCGGAAUUUCAUAUAUUUUUGAAUUCUGAAAAAUUGCUCCAAACAUUAUUUUUGAAAAACAUUUAUGGCGCUAUUUUUGAGUAGGAAUAAGACCCAAUUUUGAGCAAUUUUUGUAGCUGAGACCUCGUACCGCGGCUCUCAACAUAUUCCCAAGUUCCCCCCUAAUACCUCAUAUUUUUAACAGGUUCUCGAAUAUCUCCCGGCUACGAAUUUGAAACCAGACACUGAUGAGUUUGAAAAUGAAGAUGCGCUUAUGAAAGGAUUCGAAACUCGUGAAAAAUAUCGACAAACUGUCAUGUUUACAGCAACAAUGUCGCCAGCUAUUGAAAGAUUAGCGAAGAAAUAUUUGAGAAGACCUGCAGUUGUACACAUUGGAUCAGUUGGAAAACCGACUGAAAGAGUUGAACAGGUUAGUUUUGUUGGAAAUUUGAGAAUUAGAGGGUUGUGUUUAAUUCAUUCGGAGAUUUUUCGAAAAAUUGUUCCAAUUAGAAAUUAGUGUCAGAUUUUUUCGAAACGUGAAAUUUUCUACGUGACAUUUGUCUUUUCCACGAUUUUUUUUGUCGAAAAAAAUCAUUUUUGCUUUUUUAAAACAUGGAAAAUGUAUUUUCUCGAUGAUUUCAAGUGUUUCAAGUGAGUUUUCGUAUUCCAAAUAUAAAAAUAUCUUAAUUUUCACUCUCAUUUAUUUUUUUGCAGAUAGUCUACAUGCUUCCUGAAGAGCGCAAACGCAAGAAACUCAUCGAAAUUCUCGAACAAGGCUUCAAAGCACCAAUUAUUAUUUUUGUUAAUCAGAAAAAAGGAGCUGAUAUGUUGGCAAAAGGACUUGGACAAUUCAGCUAUAAACCAACAGUACUUCAUGGUGGAAAAGGACAAGAUGCAAGAGAAUAUGCUUUGCAAGCAUUGAAAGAUGGAAUUAGUGAUAUUCUUGUUGCUACUGAUGUUGCUGGAAGAGGUUAGUUAUGAUUUUUUUUGAGGAAACAUAGUAAAAAGAAAAAAAAACAGUUGAAAGUUUAAAGAUGUUGAGCCUUUGAAUAAGAAUGUCGAUUUUUGAUUUCUAAAAUUAAGCUUGAGCAUUUUUAUUGAGCACAUUUAGAAUUCAUAGAUCAAAUUUGAACUUUAUAGAAAAUAAAAAUCGGUAUUUUUCUGAUUUUUCACUCGUUCAAUCGAAUCACAUUUGAAUUCUUCGAAUAUUCAUUUUUUCUACUCAUUUUUGAUGAGCAAAUCAUUUUUCUCAUGCUCUUACAUAAUUUAUUCGAAUUUGAAUUUGCACUUUAAGCUAGUUUGUAAGAAAUCUCAUCUUCUUGAAGAUUAUAAAUCAGAAUUUCUUUCCAAUCUAAUUUUUCCAAUUCAGGUAUCGAUAUCAAGGACGUUUCAUUGGUUUUGAAUUAUGAUAUGGCAAAAACAAUCGAAGAUUAUACUCAUAGAAUUGGAAGAACUGGUCAGUUUUUUUUUGCGGGGGGUUUUGAGAUUUUUCUUCAGAAAAUUGGGAGAUUCGAAACAUUUUCUUUUCAAAUUUUUGGCGUUGGAUUCAGAGUAAAGGCUUGCUUACUUUUCAAAUUUUUUGAAAAAACAUUUGGGAUUUUUUCUCGAAAAAUAGGGAUUUCUCCAAAUCCCCUUUAUUUUUUCAUGUUUUCCUUAUGCUUCGUAUUUUCUUAUUUAAUAAUAUAAGUUAAUCGAAGAAGUAUAUAGUAUUUAGUCGUCUUGACAACGCGGAACAAGAUUUAUUAAGAAGAAUAAGAAAAAAUAGGUGCAAAAUUUGAUAAGAAAAUGUUAGUUGGCCGAAAAAUUGUUCAAAAUUUAUGAAAGAUAUUUGUUUGAAGUUGAUUGGAUUUGGGGCAAAAAACUUAUACUUUUGAAAAUUCGAAAUUUGGAAACAUCUGAUGUUUUAUUUUCGAAGUUCCAUAAUUUUCAGCUCCGAAAAAAUUUCCAGCACUUUCUAGAAUUUCUCAAAGUGUUUUUUUCGUCAUCAAAAAAUGAUAAAUAUACUAAUUUGAUGGAAGUUUUUCCCAUUUUUACAUCUGAAAAUCAUCAUCGGUUCCAGUGAAUAUUUCUAAAUUGUCAUCCAUUUUUGUUAUAUCGAAAGUGAUAAAUUUCCUCUCCAGAAAAUGUUUCCCUCCACAACAUUUUCACCUUUUUAUAUAAUUUGUAUGCACCUUUUCGUCCAUUCGUUUUCCGGUUUCUUCUCCAUUCCAACCCCAAUUUUUUGCUCGUUUUUCGUUUUUUUUUUCUACAUUUUCCCCCGUUUUUUCCUCUCUCAAUUCGAUUUUUUCUCCUCCGCCGAGCUGCUGAAAAUGGCAACAUUCUUCGGUUUUUCUUCUUUUUUUUUGCCUCGUUUUCUCGUUUUUUUUGCCCAAUGUCUGCAUUUUUCUUCGUUUUUUUGCUGCUUGCCAAGUUCCUUAUGAGGAGGAGAAAAAGUUUGUUUGACUGACUUUUUUUGAGGAAAAAGGAGGAAAAGAAAGAAAAAAGUAGUAGGCAAAAGCUUUGUACUUUUUCGCUCCAACAAAAGAUUUUUCAGCUUUUACUUACUGAAAAUGGGGUUUUUUCAUUAAAAUAUUUAUAUGUUUUCCUUUCCCACUGCCGUUUUCUUUCUAUCCAAUCUAAUUUAUUAGAUUUUUAUUCAUUUAUUUUCCACCACAUAAGAAUAUUUGGCAGAUUUUGUUUUUUGAGAAGUUGGGAAGCCUGUGGGAUUUUGAAAAGUGGAUCUGUUGAAUUAGACCAAACCUAAGAAUGUAUUUGGUUUUGUCUAAUCAAAGUACACUUUUUCCUCUGAAAUCUGAUCAGAUCCGAAGUCCUACUAAAUUCUGAUUUUACCGUAAAACUUGAAAGUUUUCAAAAUGCCCGAUAUUAAAAAUUUUGACUUCAGAAUUGUUUUCAGCUCGGGGCGAAUUAGUAAGCUUCGGUAGGUUUGAAUAAGACUCAAUCUCGGGAUCUUCCCUUGUAAACUUUUUUUUGGAUACGAGUAUGUUCCUGUGACAAUUUUCUUUUUUCCGAAAAAAUUGAGAGAAAGUUCGUUCCCCAAACUUUUUUCACAAUUUGCGAAAAAUGCUCUUUGUGCAUCUGAAAGUGACGCCGAUUUAAUUGAAUUGUUUCAUUCGGUUUUUUGUCUAUCUUUUUCUUUCUUUUUUUUUCUCGUCAGUUUCCCAUUCCAUUGGCAAAAAUAAAAAAAUAUAUACACGGAAAAAAGAGGGCGAAAAGAGACGAAAUAUAUUCAUGAAAAAGACACGUGGGGACUCAGCCGUUAUUGAAAGAGACGCAGACAUGACGAAGGAUGGAAAACCGAGAGCAUGCUUUUGCUCUUCUGCGUAUAUAUUUUGUUUUCAGAUUCUCGUCGACUACUUUUUGCUUGCUUCGUGCUUCUUUUUCUUUCCCUUCUACUUCUCUCUUCUCUCCCGUUUUUUGCCCUUUUUCAUACUUUUUUUAGUAGUAUUGGGUAUUUUUCGCGUGUCUUGUUUUGAUGAUCUUUUGAAGAGCGAACGAAAGGAUUAGCGGGUUUUUCGGGGUAAUUAAAGGUGGUGUAAUUAUGGAUAGGUUUUUAUUUUGACAGAUGAAUGGGUGUUUAGAAGAAUAUGGAUGGUCCCGAAAAUGAAAUUUUUCAGUAUCUCUGGGGAAUUGGUUAAUUUUGGAUGAUAUUAGAGUGCGAGUUUUGUAAUUAUCAUCAUGGCUUUUGGAUGAAAAUGGUGAUUUUUGUUUCGGAAGUUGGAUAGGUUAUUUUUGGAGCUAUGAUUUUUCUGAAGCUUCAGCAAGUCCUGGUAGUUUUUUCAUCGGUAGAUUUUUGGAGUCAGAUUAUGUUUUUGGUGUCAUAUUAUGUUCGACAUUUAAUAAGACUUUAGCUUGGAUCCAUUUUGUGAUUUAAUUCCGAUGACCUGGCUCGAUUCAGAUGUACUGUAAAUAAAUUAGAUUCCAGAACUUGGAAAUUUUGAGCAUGCCAAAUUUCCCCUAUUCUUGUUCUUUUGCUCUUUAUACUCUUUGUAUUAUUUAUAAAAACCAAUAUAAAUAAAGGUAGUAUUUAAUUAGGAGGGAACCCCUACAUUUGUCUCCCUCUUUCUUUCGUUUUUCCUUAUUAAAGGUGUGUAAACAUCAGGGCCGCAAAAUCGCUGUUUUUGUUUCGUUUUCUCUUCUUUUUCGUUGUUUCAUUUGAUUUCUACCAUCCAAAUAAAUCAAAGCGGAUUGGAUUAUUCUGUAUUAUAAAAUACAUAUUUUUGCAGUUUCCCGCGAUAAAAUUGAAAUAAAUUGGGUUCAUAAUAAUCAUAUGUCUUCCUUUUUUCGAACCAAUUUCGUUAAUUAAGCCACAUCAUUUUUCUUCUUUUCAUUUCCUUCGGUUUUUUCACUCAUUCAUUUCAUUAUUUUUUUGGUGGAAUGAGCCCAUAUGGAUGAUUAUAAUGGGUGGUCCCCUGUGUUUUUUCUCGUUUUUCAAAAGAUGCUUCUUUUAGCUCUUUUAUACUGUAGUGUUUCUUCCUGUUUCUCAAUCUAGAGAAAAAUGGCUGAAGAAGAGCAACAUUGCACUUUUUGUUUACCCGAAGAAGAAAAAAUGGAGCAAAAAGAAGACGAUCAAUUUUUCUUCUGUCGAAAGAGUUUUUGGUUGAAAAAAAAACAACACAAAGUUUUGAAUUUAUGCAAAUCUACACAUGUUUUUAUCAAUUUGUGGAAAAUGCUAAAUUGUGAUGAUUUUUGAGCGCGAAAUGUUUUUGUGUGGAAUUUUUCGUACCGUACUGUUUUGAGUGGGAUACGUAGUAAUUUAAUUCGAAAGGGAAGAGCUUAGAAUCCCGGGUUAAAAUUUUGAUAAUACAUAGUAAAAUAUACCAAAUAGACUACGCUGCUCACUUCAUAAAUAGCCAGAAUCCCCUUUGAGCACUUUUCUGGAGCUCUAGAGUUGAUUCUUUAUCAAAAAUUUAUUUAUGCGCCUCUCCCCGAAAAAAUGCUCAAUUUUUUUCCCGCCAACCCCUUGAAAUGGUAGUAGCAAAAAUUUGUCACAAAACAGUCGCUCUCUCUUUUUUCUUCUUCGGUCUGUCUACAUUUGUUUAGUUUGCGUUUCUCGCCAUUCUUCUUUUUCGUCCUCUAUUCCUAUUUUUGCCCCCCGUUUUGCUCUUUUCGAGACCUCACACGGUGAAUAAAUAAAACCGAAGAUAGUACUUAUUUCCGAGCCGAGAGCUACUAUUUCGAACGAAUAAGUCUAAAACCACGUGGUAACAAAACAGUACUCUAUAACUUUUUGAAAGGUUUAAUAUUUGCUCGAUUUUCGACACAAAAAAAUUGCAUUGAAAGUAACUUGAUAUUGUACUGGUUUUUUCAAACAUUUUUUUUCGAUGAAAUAUCGAAAAUGUCUCUUUUUUCCGUUUUUCCAAUAGUCCAACUAUUCAUUCAUUCAUAUUAUAUUAUAUCUUUCUCUAUCUCCAAAUAUAUUUUGUGUGUGUGUGUUUGAGAGUGUAUGUAUAUUUUUGGAUGGAUGCUGCACUAGUCAUGUUUGACUAGUGGUUUUGUCUUUCACUCACUUUCUCAAAUGUUUCAACGAGAAAGAGAGCACCUUUUUGGCCGGCUGACUAUCUCUAUUGUUCCGUUUUCGGCGGGGCCCGUAUUCAGCUGUUGACUUUAUUCUCCUUUUUUGGGAGACAAGAUUUUCGAGCACCUUUUUUUGUCAGCUGGAAUGUCUUAUUUUGUCUUUUUCAGUGUGUAUUUUACUACUCGAAAUCACUAAACCUCAAAUUUUCUGAAGCUUUUAGAAGUAAUCAAUAUUUGCCUUUAAAUCUCACGUUUGAGUUGAAUUUCGUCGAUUUUAGUUCCACCCUGUGUCAGCUCUUCAAAAUUACUGAAAAACUUGUUAAAUAAGCUCUGUGCACUUCCUACGAUCAUUUUUUAUUCAAGUUCUGAAUUUGGAGAUAAAUAGUCUCCAGAGGCUUCAGGUGUCCCAUUUUUGAAAAUAAACGUUUAUUUUUAUCUCUCUCUCCGUUCCUCUUUAAAAUCUACAAGUUCCAAAGUUAAAGUCCAAGCUUCUGCUCGUAAGUCUCUUCCCAUUUUUCUUGUUGCUCCCUCAACAUAUUGAAAAAAUUAUCAUAAAUUGUUGAUUUUCGGCCAAAAAGUGCAUUACGUUCUUUUCAAAAAUAUAAUCAAAAAGACUGAAAAUCGUUACCCCGGGAAACGGUUUUUCUCUUUUUGCAUGUUCUUUUUCUUGUCAUUUUUUUCGCGUUAUCAAAACCGACAACAAUUUUUGUGACUACUUUUUUCUUUCUCUAUAUUUUCGGUAUUCUCUUAACACAUCACGUGUUUUUUGUCGAUUUCGCAUUCCAAAAGUGACAAACACGAGGUUUCCGACCGAUACGGUAUUGUUUAUCGUUUUUGGAUUUUUAUGAAAUUUUUGGCGCAUUUUUAUGAGUCGUUCCCACGCUUUGUUGUUUUUCCGCACUUUUUAUCAUACAGAAAAUCUUGUUGUUUUCUUCUUUUGACGACAAAAUUUCCUUUUUUUUCUUCUUCUUCACUAAUUUGGCUCGAAAGACGUGUAUAUUUUUCAAUUUAUAUAUCUUCUUAUAUUCUCUCAUCAUAUUCACUUGCUAAUCUUCUUGUCGUGUUAGCAAAAGAGAAAAAAAAAUGAAAAGCAUUUCCUAAUCCGACGUCGAAUUUGUUUGAAAUGAAGGAUAUUUUCAGUAUUAGUCAUCUUCCUCAUCCACAUCAUCAUCACUUAAUUUUGAUUAAACUUUUUUCUUCGUCCUCAACAAAAUCCCUUCAGCAUGAAUAACUGAAUUAGCUCAAUAUUAGUUAUAAGAAAUGAUGAUGCAUUCUUUGUCCUUCAAAAAGCUUCGCCAUAGCAACAUCACUAUUGGCUUCUCGAAAUUUGUUGGAAGGAGGAGCAAGCCAACCGAAAAACGUAUAGAUUUGUGAAAUUAUAGAGCGCCCAAAGUUUUGCGGUAUCGCCCUAUUAUUAUUUUUCUUCUUCUAAUUUGAAGUUGACAAGAUCUUGUGAUUUUUACAAGUUGACUCAUAUAGUGAUGAGAGUUUUUGUUGUUGAAAAUCGUUGCACUAUGACAAAAAUUUCAGUUAUGAAUAUCCAGUUCUCGAUGAUAUAAAGUGCAUGUUUGGGGAAAUCUUCACCUGUAUAGAAGACAUUCAACGAAUGUCUGAAUCUGUGGAUUUCGAGGACACGUUGUUCAAGUCGUCUCCGGUACACUGACUCAAAUCGUCAUGAAAUGACGUGAACUAGCUCCACUUCUCUCCGAAUCGUUUGACCGGGGAAUUCUAUUCUCCUAGGCGCUCCUUUGUCUUAAUCGAUCUCGAUUUGCGAUAUUAUUCGAUCUUGUUACAAAUUACAUCCGUGCCAUCUCAUAACUUUUUCCCCACUGCCAACCCACAUGCAAUUAAUUAGAUAUAAUAAUAAUUUGCUUUUCUCCCAACCCAAACAAGGAACUUUUUCUUGCCGUUUUCCCUUCUCUCCUCGUCGUUUUUUCCUUCAUUUCUUCAUGAAUUUAUAUGCAUCAAUAUAUACAUGAAAUAAUAAGAUAUUAGAAAUUUUGCGGUGUUCCAGUCACUUGAAAAAAACACGUUUUCCCUUCUUCUGCCUGUAUAUCGAUUUUCCAGACAUUUCUCUUUUUGUAGCAAUUAGAAAGUUAUUUCCUUUUAUGUUGGAAAUUGGAAUUUGUGCUCUCUUCGCAUUUCUUUUUCCAACAAAAGAAAAAAUAAAACUUUUUGAAUGUGUUCGGUUUUCUUUCUUCAAAUAUAUGCGAAUUUUUUGCCCGAUAAGCAUCUCUGGUCAAUAGAAAUUAAACUUUUGUCCCGUUUUUUGAGAUUAGAUCAUUCUUCAUGUGUUUCCCGGGCGAAUAUAUUUUCUUUCUCUCACACCACGGUAUUCUGUUUUUUUUCGAACAAAACAAAUCUGAUAAGUGCAAAUGCGAAUCCUUAUGAGCUAGAUUUUUUUCGAAAUGCAUGCACUUUUUUCGUACUUGUCGAGCCCAUUUCUAUUCCAUUUUUGCUCAUUUUUUCUCGCUUCCAACUCUCAUUUGGCCAAAAUGUUGAGUUGUUCUUUAUUCAUUUGAAGCAAAACUUUUAUUUUGCUCCAAAUGAGGUAACGUGAUAUUUGUGAAAAGUUUGUAUAUAUUUCCCACCUGCCUACGGAAAAUUAGCGCAAAACACCUGAAUGCAAUUUUUCUCACCUUUUCACAUUUCACUCUUGACUCUUUUUGCUUUUUUCUUUUUCACUCAAACUUUUUCAACAGCUGUUCACUUUUUCGACAGCUCAGGUUGUUUCGAAUUCACUUUUGAACCACGUGUUUUAGAUGAGAGAGAGAGCGAAACGACAAGUGCCUCUCUUUAUUUUUAAACAGGGCGAAAAGUUCUUUUUUGAGGAGAGGAAGAAUUUUUGAGUGGACAAGCGAAAGAAAGCAAAAUUUUGGUUUUGAAGUUUGGAUUUUGAUAUGGGUAAAUGAGAAUCUGAACAACUUAAAGGCGUCGUCUCAAAAACAGAACUUCUUGGUCAUUUUUGAGAUAUUUUUUCCACCUCGAAUGUUCCAGAAGUUUUUAACUUCUACAAGUUUUUGAAAUUUUGGUCCUCCGAAUUUUUGACCUACGACGAAAAAUCGCCCUGUUUUUUUCUGAAAUUUCGUUGUAACAUUGGUUUUCUGAUUUUACGGAUUGAUAUUAGUUAGGUACCAUAACCGGUUUCGAGUUUUCUAUGGGUAAAUCGAAAAUUGUAAUUUUUGGUUUAUUCUGGUAAUCAACAGAUGCAAAAUGUUGAAAUUUUUCGUCUGGCCAGUUUACACUGGAAUUUUCAUAGUCCUUCUAGUGCUGAAAUUUUUGUGGUCUUCAAGUUUUGAAAAGUAAAAUAAUUCAAAAACAAAUCAGCACAUUCAAAAAAUUACAUUGAAAGUGUGUCAAUGUCCAGCCUGUAUUUUGUGGUUCUGAAUGAGCUAUUUUCAAAAUCUCCACCUUCUUCCGAGAAGUAUUCGUCAUUCAUCUGAGCUUCUACCAAUUUUAGUUUUUUUUUAGUUCUCCCACUUGUUUUUCCCAUCAUCCUUGCUUUUUUCCAUCCUUAUUUGAUAAUCUCGCCUGAUCCAUGGCCAAAAUCCGAUUCGAUUCUUGAACGAAAUGCACUAUUUUUCGCCCCAUCUUCUUCUUCUUCUUUCGUUUUUCAAUUUUCCAUUCAUUUCAUUUCCGUCAUUUUUCGUCUUCGUUUUUCCCCUUCGUUUUUCUCUCCUUUUUCUUCGUCCAUUUUGCCAAUCACUUGUUAUCAUCAACACAGCAGAAAAUGUUGUAAUUAGUGGUUUAUUUUAUUGAUUCGUGCCCCGAUUUCUUUCUUGUUUGUUAUCUAUCUUUCUUUUUUGGUAGUUUAUUUUGACACACCAAAGCAAUAUUCCUUUUUUUCCAGGCAAAAAUUUGAUUCUUCGUCAUUUUUCAUCAUAAAACAGGUGACUUUUUGCGGACGCAAGUUUUUUUAUUUUUUCUUCUGUUGGUUGGUGCUGAUUUAAUUCAGCUAGUUGCCCCAAAGUCCUUUUUUUUCCUCUUUAAUGAUCAGAAAUGAAUAAGUGAGGGAUACUUGAAGAAGAAAAAGAAAAUCACAAUUAGUUCUUCUUCUUCUUCUUCUUCUUCCGAAUGACCUCUUUCUCAUUCACCUAUCCUCCCACCGUAAAAGUACUUUUUAUUUUUGAACGAGAAUCGAUCGAUUGAUUCUCGCGCACUGUAUUUUUCUAUCAUCUUUUCUUUUUCUUCGCUCGUUUUCUUGAACAUUUUUGGCAAAUUUGUUGUUUCGCUUGUUAUUUUGUUUAUUUGUGUUAUGAUUUGUAAACAUAGGUGAGAUUGAAUGGUUGGUUUUCGAAAUUAGGGAAUCGCUUUGGCAUGAUAGAUUUUGAGGUCGAAUCUGAGGAAGGGAUGUAAGUUGGACCUCAUUUUGAGGAUUUCUGGAUUUAUAACUGAAAUUCGAAUUUGACUGUUUCUCGAAGUGAUUUGAUCCAACAGCAUGUUUUUCUCUAUGUCUAAAUUAUCCUGAUUCCGUUUUGCUAGCCAGAUUCAGAAUUUCUGCUGAAGUUCAGUUCUGACCUCUACCAAAGUUUUUCUCAAUAUCUGAAAUUUAAUUUUCAGUAAUAACCGUAUUUUAAAAUUUCAUUAGAAAUUAGAUUAUUCGGAAAUUUUUCUCGUAGUUAGGAAAAGUACAAGAAAUCCGGAAAUAUCGCAUUUUCGCAAAAUCGGCUGUUUCUCUGAUCCCCCAAUCUCAUUUUUCGAUGGAAAUUGCUAGAAAACGUGGUGUUAUCAUCAUCUGACUGAUAAUCUUCUUCUUCUCUUUUUUUGACCGGAAAACAUUUGAACCCAAAUUUAAUUACCCCUCACUAUUUUUUUUGGCAAUUAAUAGGAAAAAAAGAUUGAAACACACACAGUUUUUCUUCUUUUUUUGUCUGUAUAUUUGUUUGCCAACCUCGUCGCUCUCUCAAUUUCCCGAACUAUUUUUUUUGUCAAUUUCGCCUAAGUACAUCAAUCAAAAGAAGAAAAAAAAGAAGAAGAAAAGAGAAACACACACAGUGAGGUUGAAACGCGAGGAAAAAGAAAACAGACAGAAAAAGACACGUGAAUUGUUGCAAACAUUGUCUGCGUCUCGCGGUUUCAUAUGAUCUCUUGUCUCGAGUUUUUUUUGGCUGAAUUGCGACGAUACACAAAACGCUGCGCGCCCUGCAUUGUAGCAAAAAAUUGAGAUUUUUUGUCGUCUGGCUGCCCCACAGUAUUUCCUAGGUUGGAAAAUGAUUGGGUGCAUUUUUUGUUGAUAAGAUAUAAUUAGAAAAAGUUCCUGGUUACAGUGUUUUGUAGAUGGGGCGAGGAGAGAUUUUGAACUUUUUGUUUUGAAAACACACUUUUUUUCUGCAUAAAUGGGCGGAUUUUUGGACACCUAAAUUGUCACGUUUUUGCACAUACAGUUUAUUAUAAUUUUCAAGUUUCUGAUCGAAUUUAAUUUUAUUCGGAAAUUUGCAAUAAUUUUUGAUCGAAUGAACUCAUUUUAAUUGCAAAUUCGAUUUUCCCUGAAAUUUUCGUUAGAUUCAAAAUUUGAACUGCUUUGUAAGAAAACUUGGGACAGCGAGAAAAUUCAGAGAAUUUUGAAUUUUACCCUUCGGAUUCUAAUUUUUCCAACUCAAAAUUUGAAGUUUCUGCCUAAUUUUUGAAUUUUGCCAUUUUUGAAUGAUUUUGUACAGUUUUCCACAAUUAAAAAAGGACCCAAUCUUUCCCACGGAAAGUUUGGCCCGUUUCCAACGAAAUUACUUUUUUUUUUCUAUUGCGGUUCAAAACUUUCACCGCCUAACAGCGUUUUUUCCCACAUGAAUAAAUUUUAUUCAAAUGUUUUACUCUCAAAAACACGUGUUUCUACUUCUUUCUCUCUUCUCAUCCAUUUUUUAGUCUCUUGUAAAAAUGUAGAGAUAGAGCGAGAUAACCUUUCCUUUCCUUUCGAUACACCAAAAUCUGAUAAUUCGGCCGCGUUUUUAUAUUUAUAAUAAAAAAUGGGGGAGUAUAAUAAUAAAUCUCUCUUUUUCUCCCUUUUUUAUUCGAUCAACAAUCGAAGAUUGAAUUUGUGAUUAUUCGGACCUGGACCUUUUUAUUCGAAUGAAUAUGAAUUUGCUUCAUAUUUGUGAAAAUACUGAAUGGAUCGGGACCAUACAAAAAAUACGGGACCACUAUCGAAGUUCACAAUUCACAUUUUUACAGUCUCUUUUUAUGAUCCAUUCAGUUAUUUCCAGCAGAAUUGGCUUCAUUUUUGCACCCUCUAAAAAUAAUGGAAAGUUUUUCCUUUUUCUCCCGCUCAUUUACUUUAUGUUCGAAAAAGGUCAAAGAAUGUGUUUUCCUUCUACUUUUUCUCUUUUUUUUCUUCUUCUUCAUUAUUAUUCUAUUCUAUUCUGUUCUUAUUUAUUUACAUUCGACCUGUGUCUUUUCCUCUGUUUAUACUUUUUUUUCCUUACGAAAAUUUGUUUUUUGGAGUUUAUUUUCGAUAAGACAAAAUUUUCCAUAUGGCUCCAUUGUUAGUUGUAAAACUGUCAAAAUGCACAUAUUUUAUAAGCCCUAUGAUGCCACGUGGCAAAAUCGGCGAAGUUCACGUGAAUGUAAAGAGAAGACCAUUGUUGAACCAGUUUUUGUUUGACUUUUUUAUUUCGCGACGGCGCGGUCUUUUUUAGUGUUACAUUGGGUACAAAUUUUGGUUAUUUUCGAGACGGGGAUGAGAAAUUGAAGAAAAAUGUUUUAGAAAAUUCGAAAUUUUGAUUUAGCAGAAGUUGGAAAAUUUCUUGAUUAAAGCAAAACAUUUAAUUUUUGAUUUUCUAUCCAAAAAACUUCUUUUCUAAAUUUUUGAAAUAUUUUGAAAUUGUUGAAUUCUCAAUACUUUAAUAGUUCCAAUCGAUAUUUUUCUCUUUCAAACCGAAAAUUUUAAUAUGUGUCGCUUUUUAGGCUUUCAAUAAAAAAUUACAAAAAUAUAUAACAGCGUUUAUUAUUAUUAUUAUUUGUUUCGCCCGCUGCACAUCGACCAGAGAUUGUUAUUUUCUUUUUUGAUGAUAACAAUUUUUAAUUGUAUUUUUUAUCAAAAUACUGUAGCUUUUUUUACUCGAACUUUUUUCGUCUAAAAACAGUUAUUAAUAUUAUUUUAGAAAAAAUCAUUGACCUGUCAAUGAUUUUUGUUGUACUUAUCUUUUCGAGAGAGAAAGAGAAAAAUAUAUAAUAUAUUGAUAUGUUGUCAGUUCUUUUUUUUUUUGAAAAAAGAAGACUAACAGGCGCAUUUUUUCUAUGUGUGUGUGUAUUUUCGUGUCAAUCGAUUUUUGGUUUAUUUUUUUCGCAUCUGAAUUUGACAGCCCCCUUUUCCACGUUUUUCUCAAAAUUAAAAUAAAAUGAAAAUGUUUCGAAUUUCCCUCAAUUAAUUAAUCUUGAAAAAAUCUCACAUUUCCUAAUUUUCCCAUGCUUCAAAUGUUCAUCUUGAAAUUUUGCAGGUCGCGCCGGAAAACAAGGAAAAGCGAUCACAUUUUUGACACCCGAUGAUUCGUCAGUUUAUUUUGACCUGAAACAGGUAAGUCAAUUUUUCGAUCGAUAUUUUUGGGGGGUUGAAAAAGUGGAGACGUGAUUGAUAAAAAAAAGAAACGACGAUUCAUUUUUGCUGCUGAUAAGAUUAGAUUUUUGGAAAUUGGGGGUUUCUUUUUGGACGGGUUGGGUUGAGAAAUAUGGACAAGAGUACGGUAGACUUAUUCACAAGAUUCUGACUGGAAAACUCACAUGAAAAUUUUAGAAAUUUACUGGAAAUUCUUAGGCCAAAAAGUUGGUUUCAGCCAAAUAUUUGACAUAUUUACUCAAGUACUCAAAAUUUUGAACCAGAAGUUCAAAAAUUAUCGAUUUUUUCAAUAAGUUCAGAAUUCUAAUCAAAAUCUUGGCAUUCCAUGAAAUCCCGAAAGCCAUAUUUAUCCUAACCCAGAUUUUAAAUAUCUCAAAAUGUUCUGACUUUUUUUCAGGUCCUAUCUGAAUCACCGAUUUCAAUAUGUCCACCUGAAUUGGCAAAUCAUCCAGAUGCACAAAACAAGCCUGGAGCCUUCGCGCCCAAAAAACGACAGGAUGAAACUUUAUUCUUGAAAUAA